UGUGAGCUCUAGGUGGCCAACCCUCCAUCCUCCAUCCACGUCGACUGGAGGCCGCUGGCGAAGACCUACGUCCACUUUUGAGGCCCGAGCCAAGUGAAGGAGGAUGGGGGCCGGAGCGAGUGCAGAGGAGAAACGCUCCAGAGAGCUGGAGAAGAAGCUCAAGGAGGAUGCUGACAAAGAUGCCAGGACUGUCAAGCUGCUGCUGCUAGGUGCUGGAGAGUCUGGCAAAAGCACAAUCGUCAAACAGAUGAAGAUUAUCCACAAAGAUGGUUACUCUCUAGAGGAGUGUUUGGAGUUCAUCACCAUCAUCUACAGCAACACCCUGCAGUCCAUCAUGGCCAUCGUGAAAGCCAUGAACACGCUCAACAUCAACUACGGCCACUCGGACCAGCAGGAUGAUGCCAGGAAGCUGAUGCAUCUGGCCGACACCAUCGAGGAAGGCACCAUGCCGAAAGAACUGUCCGAUAUCAUUCUUCGCCUCUGGAAAGACUCUGGUAUCCAGGCCUGCUUCGACAGAGCGUCCGAGUACCAACUGAACGACUCGGCCGGAUACUACCUGAACGACCUGGAGCGACUCAUCCUGCCGGGUUACGUGCCCACCGAGCAGGACGUGCUGCGAUCAAGAGUGAAGACAACUGGCAUCAUCGAGACCCAGUUUUCGUUCAAAGACCUCAACUUCAGGAUGUUCGAUGUUGGCGGUCAGAGGUCAGAGAGGAAAAAGUGGAUCCACUGUUUCGAAGGCGUGACCUGCAUCAUCUUCAUUGCUGCUUUGAGCGCUUACGACAUGGUGUUGGUGGAGGACGAUGAAGUGAAUCGAAUGCACGAGAGUCUUCACUUGUUCAACAGUAUCUGCAACCACCGCUACUUUGCCACCACCUCCAUCGUCCUCUUCCUCAACAAGAAAGACGUGUUUCUUGAGAAGAUCAAGAAGGCACAUCUCAGCAUGUGCUUCCCCGAUUAUGAUGGUCCAAACACUUACGAAGACGCAGGAAACUACAUCAAAGUCCAAUUUUUGGACCUGAAUCUCCGCCGUGACGUCAAAGAGAUCUACUCUCACAUGACGUGCGCUACUGACACAGAAAACGUCAAGUUUGUGUUCGACGCCGUCACUGACAUCAUCAUCAAAGAAAACCUGAAGGACUGCGGUCUCUUCUAAGACGAAGGAUGCAUUUAUCACAACGAAAUCAUGUCCUGCUGAGGAAGGAAGAAGAGUCCUGCAGGAGUAACAAAACUCUCGAAUGAAUUUCAGGCAAUGUCAUUUGUAUGUGAUGGCAGGUUUCACAAAACUAGAUGAGCCACUUAGCUCUCUUUAUGGUGUGUAUGGAGAGAUGUGCAGUCAUUCCCUGUAUAUAUGACUAGAAGUUACGUCAUAGAGCAAUAAAAGAAGUCAAUAUCUGAAUAAGAAUGACUGGUCAAAUCAUUUUCAACUCAAUCGGAAAAAAAAAUCUACUACUGUAGCCUCUGUGUUUUCUCUUGCUUGAUGUAUUUGUUUUCCCUCAGAAUUAUCAGUGUAUUUCAGCAGUUUAUUUGAGGGUUCCCAAGUACUGUAAUUAAGAAACCUUUAUUGGGAAUAUUUAUUUGAAAUAUUUGCGUUGUCAAGUGGAGUUUUAAGAUUUCAGAUUGUUUAAAAUUCUGCCUCACAUUUGCUGUCCAAACCAUCAUUACCUGCAUAUGCACUUGAACUUGUUAGCGCUCAGAUAUUAGAAGUGGCUUACGUGUAUAUAACGGAAUUACGCCGCAUUGUGGAAUAAAAAGGUUUUAUAGAAGGUUG